GUUUAGCAUACGCGUAGCACAUCUUGUCGUUAUACCACAAGAGAACAAUGCUAAGAUGUCUGUGGCGUCAGAAAAUUUUAUUACGGACAAAAACAAGCCGCGGCAUGGCAAGUACGCAACUACCCGGGCAAGUGCCUGCACAGCCUCAACGCCCUAAUAUCCCUAAAGCGCUGCCUACUGGCACAUAUGAGAGACUCGUCAGAGGAUUAGACGAGAAUGGGCAAGAACUCUCAGGGGACGCUAUUGUGGAGCCGAAUGACGAGUUGCCUAAGCCCUGGAACAUGGCAGAUUUGUAUGUCCGAAAUGCGGAGGGGGAGGGGAAAACUAAAUUAAAAAGGCUGCUGCCGCCAUUCUGGCCCACGGACAUCAUCUGCUGUGGACUCAACUACAUUGACCACGCCGACGAAGUGGGCUUAGACAUUCCUAAGAACCCUGUCCUGUUCGCCAAGCCCAAGUCAUGCUUAGUGGGUCAUGGAGAAAAUAUUGUGAUACCCGCGUGUGCGAGUGCGAAGCCAGAGAUAGAUUAUGAAGCCGAGCUGGCCAUUGUCAUUGGCGAGACAUGUCGGGACGUAUCUGAAGAGGACGCUCUGAAGGUUGUCUAUGGCUACACUAUCUGCAAUGAUGUAUCAGCAAGGCGCUGGCAGGGUAUCAAGG